GAGGAGAUGGGACGCGUACUCCGUGAGAUCACAUCCUUGCAUACACUGCAGCAGAGCGAUUCGACGGUAGAAGCAGCCACUUCACCCAACCUUACCCAGAUUUCCGACCAAAGGAGCCGAUUUCCGAUUUAAGGAUUGCGUAAAAUAGGAAGCUCUGAAGUUUUAUUUUAUUAAACGCUGGCAGUCUACACGCAAUAAGAAGCAUGGGCUGUAAUCUGCAGAUCCCCCAUCUUUGAGGAUUUACGGAUUUUUAUAUGCUGUUGGAAUUGUACCCAUCGGAGUGUAACGCCGCAUUUCAGUCCAUAAAAUAAACUAGCGACAAUGUGGGAGAGAAACGAUUAUAGCGAUGGAUUUGACACUUACAAAAUUGGUUCUGGGACGCCCUCUCCCGGAUGGGUCCCGGGGUGUGAGUCAUCGUGGCAGGGCGGAGCCUCCUCCGGCAUCAGCAGCAGUAACCGCGCGCGGCGACACAGCACCGCCUCCGACAGCGGAGACACGGGCAUUGGCACGUCCUGUUCCGACAGCGUGGAAGACCACUCCAGCUCCAGCGGCACGCUGUCCUUCCAGCCUCUGCGCUCUCAGGGCCCCAUCCCCACGGCGACCGUCAUGCCCUCCCCCUCCUCCGGCUCCAAACUGAGCGCCCCCGCGGCCCCGGGCCCCUGGGGCAGCUGCCAGCUCCCCUCCCCCUCGGACGGCCCGCUGGACAUGAAGGACCCGCGCCCUGUGCGCCGAUGGUCGUCCCUGACGCGCCUGAGCGGAACGGGCACAGAGAAGGGCAGCCCCACGGGGCGGCCGGCCUACAGGGGGGACCCCCACGGCUCCCUGGACCGGGGCCUGCUGUACGGAUACCGCUCCGACCACCACCUGCACCACCACGGCCCCGAAAACCCCCCGGGGCUCCACCGGCACUCCCCGGGGCCCGAGCCCAGGUACAGGUACGACCUGUGCGGGAAGAGCGAGUCACCGGGCCCCUCGCCCCACAAGCCCACCAGCCUGGACCUGACCUACAGUGCCUUACCCGAGAGCAAGCCCCUCGGCGGGCCGCAGGGCCCGGGGCCGCAGAGGGGGGUGCCCCUGGGGCACCAGCCCGUGGGGGGGUCGCCCAUCCAGCCGGCCGUCAGGACCCAGAUGUGGCUGAGCGAGCAGAUGCACUCCAACCCGGUGGAGUACCGGGCCGGCCCAGAGCUGUGCGGCCUCAGCGCCUGGCAGCAGGACCAGCACCGGGAGAGGCUGCGGCAAGAGGCCGAGCUCACACAGACCCUUGGGGGCGCGCCCCUUCCCAUGAACACCCUGGUGAAGAUCAAAGAGGGCCUCCUGCGGCAGAGAGAGCUGGAGAUUGACAGACAAAAGCAGCAGAUUGUGCAGCUUCACGCACGGAUCAGGGAAAACGAGCUGAGAGCGCAGCAGGUCAUCCACAGCCAGAGGGGGCGCUGUGAAGACUCCUACCUGCUCCAACCUAAGGAGUCUCCGUACACCAGCCCCGUGUCUCCCGGGCAACACCCCGACCGAGCGAGCCCCCUCUGCUGUGAGAACGGGGAGCUGGGCCGGAAGCUAGCCGCCUCCGAGCUGGAGGUCCUCCACCUCAACGAGUUCCUCAAACAGAACACGCAGAAGUACACCGAGGACAUCAAGAAGCUGGAGGAGAAGAUGAAGACACGGGACCGCUACAUCAGCAGCCUGAAGAAGAAGUGUCAGAGGGAGAGCGAGCAGAACCAGGAGAAGCAGCAGCGCGUGGAGACGCUGGAGAAGUACCUGGCUGACCUGCCGUCCCUGGACCAGGUGCAGAGACAAGCCCAGCAGCUAGAGGAGGUGCAGGGGAAGGCCCGGGCCCUGCAGGAGAAGGUGACCCAGCUGGAGCAGAGCCUAUCGGAGAGCCACGCCUUGCUGCAGGAGAAGGAGGCGCUCAUUGAGACCCAGGCCAAGAGGGAGAAGGAGCUGGUGGCGGCAGUGCAGAGCCUGCAGGGAAAGGUGGAGCAGUGCCUGGAGGACGGGGUAAGGCUGCCCAUGCUGGACCUGAAGCAGCUGGAGAAGGACCGGACCCGUCUGCAGGAGCAGCACACACAGAGCUGCCAGCUCGUAGACAAUCAGAAGAAACAAAUCGAAAAGCUCACUCUGGAGUUAACGGCUGCAGAGAAAAGGCUGCUUAAAGAGAAGGGAGUCUCUCAGGAUCUGCGGAAGCGGCUUCUGGAGAAAGACCAGGACCUGGAGACGCUCUCCAAAACACUGCAGGAGAACCAAAGACAGGUAGAGGGGGAGGAGGUGCUGCAGCAGGCCCCGGUGGUCUCCGGGGCCGAAGUGGGGCCCCUGCUGAAGGAGAUGUCCCUGUGCCUGCUGGACCUGAAGGCACUCUGCAGCAUCCUGACCCAGAGGGCCCAGGGCAAGGAGCCCAACCUUGCCCUCUUGCUGGGCAUCAAGUCGAUGAGCUGCUCGGGAGAGGAGAAAGAGCGCCCCCUGCAGGAGGACGGCCUGCGGGCCAAGCUGGCGGAGGUGCGGCAGCUGAGGAAGGACGUGGAGGAGCUGCGGACCGUCAUCUCCGACCGCUACGCCCAGGACAUGGGCGACAGCUGCAUCACGCAGUGACCCUUCCCCAAACCCGCGCCCGAGGGCGUUUAUUAAGAAGGGAAGGCGAAACAGAAAGGGAAUGAAGCGGAAAGAGAGGGGAGAGGUACAGAGACUUCGCACAGGGGGGCCGGUUUGACCCGAAAUAACCUCCCUUACUACUGAAUGUAGGACCAAGCUGUGAAUCCGGUUUACACGGAAGCGUCGUCUUAUUUUUGAGUUUCAGUGUUAACCUUUCGUUCUCCUCCCCCCCUUUUGGUGUUUUUAACCCAUAACCUUUUGAUUUGUGUCUCGUUUUCACCAGAGGUUUUUUCAGUUUUUUUUAACCAACUUGUUUUAUUUAAACCGUGUAAUGUUCCGGGCCCUCUCGCAGACGCUCAUGGGCGUCUCCGUGGAAACUGCAGUCAGAACCAGGCCCGGAAAGGUUCUCUGGGUGCGUCACACUUCCACCCGUAUUCUCAUUGGCCCGUGCAAAAAAAAACAAAACAGAAAGGCUUUCAAAGCUGCUUUUCCAAGUGCCUCACGAUGUUGAAACGUUCAUUCGACACAUUCGCCGUCCCUGUUUUCUAUCGCAUUGCUGGCGGACCCCGUCGCCCUCAGGAUCUGAACCAAAAUAUGGGAGGCGGAGCUUGUGCCCCUGGCGGGUGACAGUCGCAGGUCGACGUCACCAGGGGGCGGACCCCGCCGCAACGGGGCAACGACCUCAAGAAAACCAGUGACAUGAGUCUGUCCCUCCUACACUCCUUUCAAGACGUCAGGUUCAGUGUUACUCAUGUUUAUAUGGUGUGAGCAUGACUCUGCACCCUGUGUUCUGAACUAAGCUUAGUGUCUACAAUCCGAUCCAGAAUAGUCCAGUAUGCCUGUGAAAGAAGUCACUCCCGUUUCCUCUGGUAUACCAGCUGUACUGAACACAAACCAACUGUGUCGGCAGCAAAGUCAAGCAAUAUUACCAUUACCACAAAUUGCAUCCAAGUUUAUAAACUGUGAGAAGAGAUUCAGGGGGCUUUGUGCAAGAUGUUCACAGGUCAAACCAAUUCAGGAAAAUUUUAUAUUCAUUGAGUUUUAGCAUGACUUCUAAAACACUUGCAAAUGGUUUCCAAAGAUGACUUUUCAAUUAAUUGCUUCAGUUAAGAAUACAGAAUUACUUGGCUGAUUUCCUUUGGCAAGCCUUUUGUUUAUGUUCUGCAGCUUAAAAGAAAAUCUGGCUAUGAAAAAGUUUUUGGAUACUGCAGUAUUGGAUACCAUGUAUGAUAUUUUGUUUGAGAGUUCCCCCAAAAAACGGUUAUUUCCGUAAUCGUGUAUCACUUUUUAUGACUUGUGUAUUGGUCUUCACCGAGCAAUGCAGAACCUUCCCGUACGGCCGUGAGUAUGAGGGGAGGCGUGUUCCCUAACCCCAAAAGCACAACAGACUGGGGCUUUGCCGUUCUACCCUUGGAGAGGAGCCAGCCGUGAAAUAUUUAAUCUUCAGAGACGACCUCAUUCACCCCGAGAGUCCGUUUCUCCGUACGCCAGGUCAGACGGGCGUCGUUGGCCACCUGAAGCCUGGACGUUGCGCUGCCCGUGUGGAAUGUAAACCGGCGUUUCAGCAGUCUUGCCCCAUAGGAAUAACCUGUCUUGCUUUGUCUAUUUAUAAAGGGAAAGAAACGUUCAAGAGUUUCAGUUAUGACAACCCCACGCAUUGUGUGUCCAUGAAAGAUGAUUUUGGUGUAAUUUAGAAAUAAGGAUUUAACCAACCAGGAAACCUCUUCUCCAUUUCCCUGAAAAUGCAUACUUUCCUCCAUAAGCUGAACAUCUCUAUUUCUGGUGGUCAUAUGUAUGGUUGUGCAAAUCCGAAUCAUACAGAUGCUUCUGAUGGAAUAUCACGUAGGAAAUCUAGCUAGCAAAAAAAUAGUGUACUACGAUGGGGUGUACAAUACUAUGCAAUAUCACAUUUACCAGCUCUACUACAUCAUAAAAACAGAUAUCUGGCAUGUUGCAUGCCCUCUCUGUGCCUUGACAAAAUGUGGCAGGUUCUCCCCCCCCGCCCCUUCACUCUAGAUUGGCUAAAAUGGUCCAUAACAGCAUCAAGAGAUAACUGAUAUGCCAUUGCAUACAGUACAUCUGCUCAGGUGAAUAUCCAACAUUAGUAAUCCCUUUGAAUUUGAAUCUACAAAGAAUGUACCAAGACACAGCGAGCAGGAGAUGGGGGUGUAAAGGUUAUUUCAUGUUAUGUGCAUGUGAAGCCUGGUGAGAAAAGCGCUAUAUAAAUGACAUGGAGUUAUUGCUACCCUGGACAACGGAAACGCGUGUGGUUGUCAUGGCCCACUCCUGCAGUGCACUGUGGACUCAGCCACUGGUUGGCUUUCCUGUACAUAGGAUUUUCCUCAAAGGUUUAUACCAUUUUAAGCUUUUAGUUUUGCAGCUAGAUUUUAUGAAUGCCAAAGGUAUAUUUAUAUACAUUGUUCUAAAAAAAAAAAAAGUAUUAACUGCAACUAGUAUUUUUCCAUUUGAAGAGUUUCUUUUGCUUUUAUUUGUACAUAUGGCAAAUAAAAUAUUUUUCUAUAUACAAA